CUCUCACAGGCCAAACGCGCCGCCGCCGCCGACAAUGUUCCGCCGCUUCCUCCCGCACCGCCGCUUCUUCUCCUCCUCGUCAGCCUCGAAUGCCACCCCAACACUCUACUCUAACGGAACCACCCCAUUCUCCCUCCUCUCGUGGGGCCGUGGCGCGUCCGGCCAGCUCGGCGGCGGCAAGGAGGAGCGCCGCCUCUACCCGUCACCCGUCGCCCACCUCCUUCUCUCCGACUCAGACCCGCGACUCGCGCCCACCCCCGGACGCCUCUCCUCCGAGGGGGAGACGUCUGGCGUGGAGGUGGGGAUCUCCUGCGGGCUCUUCCACUCCGCGCUCUUCGUCGAAGGAGGCGCCUGGGUGUGGGGCAAGGGCGACGGCGGCCGCCUCGGCCUCGGUGACGAGUCGUCCGCCUUCGUUCCCCGCCACAACCCCAACCUCCGGGACCUCCGCCUCCUCGCGCUAGGCGGCAUCCAUUCCGCUGCGCUGACCACCUCCGGUGACGUCUUCACCUGGGGUUAUGGUGGAUUUGGAGCACUGGGGCACUAUGUAUACCAUAGGGAGCUUUUGCCAAGGCAAGUGAAAGGUCCUUGGGAAGGGAAGAUAACGCACAUUGCUACAAGUGGUGCGCAUACUGCAGCAAUCACUGACUCAGGUGAACUUUACACCUGGGGUCGUGAUGAAGGCGAUGGAAGGCUGGGGCUUGGGAGUGGGGGUGGUCCAGGUGAAGCUGGCUCCCUCAGUGUUCCUUCCAAGGUGAAUGCAUUGCCUGUUCCAGUUGCUGCUGUAGCUUGUGGUGGCUUCUUCACAGUGGCACUGACUUCAGACGGGCAAUUAUGGAGUUGGGGAGCAAAUUCAAACUUUGAACUGGGUAGAGGAAGCAAUUUCAGUGAUUGGAGACCACAGCUUGUCCCUAGUCUGAAAAAUGUCCAUGUAAUCCAAGUAGCAUGUGGUGGAUAUCAUUCUCUAGCUUUGACUGAUGAAGGUGAAGUUCUAUCUUGGGGGCAUGGUGGGCAUGGACAACUUGGACAUCCAACCCUUCAAAACCAUAGAGUCCCACUUGCCAUCAAAGCUUUAUCUGAGGAGCGAAUUGUCUAUAUAGCCUGUGGAGGAUCGACCUCUGCUGCUAUAUCAGAGAAAGGUGACUUGUAUAUGUGGGGAAAUGCAAGAGACUGCCAGUUAGGCGUCCCUGGUCUACCAGAAGUUCAGCCACUCCCCGUCAAGGUCAAUUUCCUCAGAGAUGGUGAUGAAGAUUUGGGACCUCCUCAUGUCAUGUCUGUUGCAAUAGGAGCCUCCCAUGCCAUGUGCUUGGUCUCUACGCAACAAAUCGAGAAAUAACGCAUCUGGGGUUUCCGCUUUGUAAAGGCUCUCAUGUUUCGACACUCUUACAUCCAAGUUCACUCCAGAGAGGAUCCUGUUCUCUUCCGGUUCAAUCCCGCUGUGCUUGUUGGUGGAAGCUGGAGAGUCCUGCUGAGUUAAGUUCGACAACAGCAAGAUACAAUAAAAGCCUGCCACAUGCUGAUAAUAAAACCAAAGGAAAGGCUAUCUGGCUGGCUUAUGUCCAGCUAAGACAACUGUAGUUGAUUCGAAUUCUUAAAUUUUAGCACUGAAAGUUACAUGGGUAGAUGUUGUUCUAGGUAUUCUGUAGCACUGUGACACGAAGGGAUGAUACUGUGAAAAGCGUGACUGUACAACAUGUACCCUUGUGAGUUCUGACCAAAGAUUCAGAGAUUCUGUUUUUUGUUGAGAUGGCCAGAAGUUGCUGUUCAAUAACUAACCACUGUUUUAUGCAAAGUUGCUGUUAUUCAGUUUAAUACAGAGUUGUUGCCUGGUUUUCUUGCCAUUCAGUUUAAUACAGAGUUGUUUGUUGCCUAAUCGUCAUCAUCCAUGCAAUAUUAUUACACACCAGAGCCAAAUGCAGAUUUGCCGAAUAUUGCCACCGCAAUAUGUGAAAGAUAAGAUUUUCGGACGAACGAGAAGGAUGUGUGGACGCUGGCGCCUUUGUUCGUUCCCUCGCGUCGUCGUCUUUGGCCGCCGCCGCCUCCUUCUACCUCAGCCCAGCCCAGGAGGACCGCGGGAGAGAUUCCUCGUUGAUUCGCUCCGAGGUGGUCCGCCGUCCGCCUCGUCUCAGAUUCUCAGGCGUCUCAGAUUCUCAGGGGCUCCCCGGCCUCUCAGUCUCAGGUACUCUACUAUCCUUCACCUCCCGCCGGCAGUGUGUGGCGGCGCCUUGAGAUCCUCCUUCUCGCUGCCUGCUCGUGCUACUUCAGUCCCCGCAUCUUGUGACCCUUUCUUCGCGCGAAUCAAAUCUUUCUGCGUUUCCAAUUUCAAAGAAAAAAAACUACUUGCGUUUCAAAUUUAGGUGCGAAUUGUGUGGCGAGUAGAUUAGAUUCGUUCAACUUUUAGGAGUCUACUACGAUCCAUAAGGUUCAGGAAGUAGGAUAUGGGAAUAUUACUUGCAAUUUUCUGCCUAACGUUUCUGUUUCUCUGUCUCAGCAUCCAUCCCUUGUUCCUGGCUUCCACCUUCUGGUAUGCUCACUACCUUGUGGGUUCGUCAGAUUGCGCAUCUGCCCAAGUGCGCAAAUUCAAGGGUAGCCUGUGCCCCUUCCUUCCUUGCUGUCACGCAGCCACCUCUCCAAUUUAGUUUGGUUCACAGGGCAUCCUUCAGCUCCCAACACAGCCAGUUUACAAGAAGCGCUGCAGGUCCUCUUAUGGCUGAAAGGGAGUUGAUUGGCAAGGAUAAGCUUGUGCUUAGAGGUUUGCAGUUUCACGGAUUCCAUGGAGUGAAACAAGAAGAAAAGACACUGGGCCAAAAGUUCGCUGUAGACGUCGAUGCUUGGAUGGAUCUGAGCAUUGCUGGUGAAACUGACAGCAUAUAUGAUACAGUCAGUUACACAGAUAUUUACAGAAUUGUCAAGGAUGUGGUUGAAGGACCAUCUCAGAAUCUUUUGGAGUCAGUGGCUCACCGGAUUGCAAGUGCCACAUUGCUCAAGUUCUCUCAAAUAUCUGCUGUACGGGUUGAAGUUAAGAAACCUCAUGUUGCUGUACAAGGAAUUAUCGACUAUUUAGGUGUUGAGAUAGUUAGGUAUAGAAAGGACAUGGCAGGAAUUUCACCAUGAGCUCCACUGCACUAGCAUUCCGAGGAUGGCAUGUCCAUGUUCAAUCUGUCAAUGGCGCUGACUGCUCAACAUUGCGUUCCUUCAGAUGUAUAUACUGCAACAAUUCGUACUGAAUGUUGCUCUCAGAAGCUGUUCGGCUCAAAAUUGAUCUAGUUUUAUUGGAAUUGAAGUAGGCAAUUAAGUUUUUCCUCAAAGCUUGGAUGGAGAUGAAAUUCCGGCAUUGGAUACUUAUUAUUAGCUCGGUUGAUAUUUUCCAUAUUGCACCUUCCUUCCCAGAUGUCUGGUCUGCAGUUCUGUAAAUUUUGUACCAUUCUAUCAAAACUAUGAGCAAAUUUGAGCUGUCAUGUUGGACCCAUGUAAUAAGCUCAAAUUUAUUUACUGACAUCAGAAAUAUCAAUGGCUAUAAAACUUUCUUGUACUUAUGAAACCUCCAUGAAACUUCUUGCAUUGGGAUUUCCUUGGCUGUUGCGCCUUGGCUGUGAUACCUACGAAGUGCCUCCAGCAAUGUUCCGUUGGCUAGUUCCCCUUUUUUAUUGAAUACAGAUACACAGACUGAGCCAAUAAUAUCCUGUGGAAACCACCAAAGUCUUCUGAAGCAGGAGGAAAGUGACGUGGACAGUUGGAUUAGGUGAUCCUUACCUUUCUGGUUCCCCAUAGGCUCUCAAGGACAGGCUGCCUCUCCAUCCUUUUAGUUCCUUGCUUCGUCUCUACUCCUAAUCCUGAUUAAUGCCUUGCCUCUUUUUUGUACUCUCCUGCUGAAGCUUUCUGAAACCACUACAUCACUAUUUGUUUCUAUCUAACAUUUUGGGAGCACCGAGCUCUUCCAGCUUGCCGGGACGGAGUCUUCAUCAGGGCGCUUUCUUCACCACAGGCAGAGCAAUGGCGCCGGCAAAUGGUGAUGCUGCCGGACCAAGUUCCAGCCAGGAUGGCUUGGUAGCCACCAUGAAGAAGCGCAACAAGCCUCAGUGUAAUCUCUCCUCAUAUAAAGAAGGGAAAUUCUGUUUUUUUUUCUCCAUCUGGAGUUGCUGUAAUUUGAGGACUGGGAUGUUUGCUCCCAUGAACAGGAUGUAGGAGCCUACCUUGUUUUCUUACAGAUUGUCACCAAAUAAGGACUUGAUGUGCUGCAAACUGGAAAACUGCCUUUCUGUUUCUAGGAUUAGAGGAUCGUGAAUUCGUUAUUCAUAAAGCUAGAAGUAGCCUUAAAGUAAUUUAUUUAAUGGUGUUAUCUUAGUGGUUUAAAUUUGAAACAAGUACUUAUCUCAGUAUAUUCUGUUGAUUAUGAAGAUCAUCAGUUUACUCAGCAGCAGCUUCCAGCUUGCAAGCCUAUACUGGCGCCUCAGACAGUAAGUUCAAUUGUCUAGUCAUUGUACCUUAUCUUUUAGUUCUUUCUCAACAUGAGUGUGGUUUGGAAAUUCAAUAUGUGAUGAUUAUCUCUAACUAACUCCGAGCGAUCAGGUUAUCCCUGUACUUUUGUUUGUGGGCAUAGUUUUUAUCCCGAUUGGCCUUGGUUGCAUUGCAGCAUCAAAUAGGGUAAGUUUGAACUGUGAUGCGCAUUAUAUAAUCUGUACUCUAAACCUGGUUCUCAAAAAUCAAAUUUGGUGUAACUUACUGCUUUUAAAUAGGUUGUUAAAGUGGUCUAUCAAUAUGAAACUUCAUGUGUACCAGGAUACAUGAUUGACAACAAAAUUGCCUAUAUCCAAAAUCCUUCUAUAGAUAAGACCUGCACGAGGAUUCUCAAGGUAAAAGGUUAUCAUCUGAAAGUAAAAAAAAAAGAUUUGAAGUAUUUUCUGUUCUCAGUUGAAAGGGAAUUUUCAUAGGAUGGGAGACUACCCUUUGAAUGUAGGUUCCUAAGGAUAUGAAGCAACCAAUCUACAUAUAUUAUCAACUCGACAAGUUUUACCAGAACCAUAGAAGGUAGAAUCGUGGCUGCUAUUUUCACUGACAAAUUUCCAUUUUCUUUAUAAGGGAAGCUUUGUUGAUCUUAGAGAAUUAGUAUAUUGAAGAAAAAUAUAUUGGGAAGCACAGGUAUGUGACGAGCCGUAGCGAUAAGCAGCUGAGAAGUCCUAACGAGGUCAACAACACAGAGUCUUGCAAACCUGAAGCUACUGAGCAUGGAAGCCCCGUUGUCCCCUGCGGACUCGUAGCUUGGAGCCUGUUCAACGACACGUACAGCUUCGCUCGCGGCAAUGAGGUGCUGAUGGUUCACAAGCGAGGCAUUUCAUGGAGGAGCGAAAGGGAGGACAUUUUUGGGAAGCAAGUGUUUCCGAGGAAUUUUCAGAAUGGGACUCUAAUUGGUGGGGGCACACUUGACCCAAGAAUACCUGUAAGUUCUGUGGGACUCAUUACUCGAACAGGGGAGCUACUCUCUUAUUUUGGUCUGUCAGUAAAGACUUCCUUAAUUUUUUGAGUUUGAGUUCUAACUUUCAGUAUUUGAAAAGCCUUGAUUCGUAUUUUGUGAGUUGUAAUUACCUACAUUUAAAUACAAACUUGAACAGCUGAGCAGGCAGGAGGACCUGAUCGUCUGGAUGCGAACCGCGGCGCUGCCAACAUUCCGGAAGCUGUACGGGAGGAUCGAGGUGGACCUCCACGCCGACGAGCUCACCGUGACUCUGCAGAACAACUACAACACGUACAACUUCGGCGGGAAGAAGACGCUGGUGCUGUCGACCGCCGGCGUGCUGGGAGGCAAGAGCGACUUCCUCGGCCGCGGGUACGUGGUCGUCGGCCUCGCCUGCCUCGCGCUGGCGAUGCUCCUGACGCUGCUCUACCUCGCCUUCCCACUGAAAGAGGAGCAUCUGGCGCUGCGGUACCCUUUGUCCGGCAGACCUGCACGGUGACCACGCAUGCCUAGAUCACGUACAGAUUGAAGCCGUUUCUUUUUCAGGCUUGGAUUCGGUUGGUGAUUCCUUGCAGGGAUCCAACGAAGAAUAACAGCUACAGAGCUGCGUCGUGUAUAUAUGCAUCCGACAGUAUAUUUACAUGCCACUGCCGCGCGUGCGGUUUGUACAUGUCUGAAGUUGGUUUGCUUCCCGUACAUUCAGAUUCAGACAUGUUGGCUGCCUGCUUACAUAUUUCAGAUUGAGCAGAUUCAAAUGCAUCAAGCAGUAUACAGAUUCAAUCGACA